CUUGUUCCCACGAGCCAAGGGUCAAGCCUGGGUAGUAGAGGAGGAUCAAUAUUCCCAGGAACGACGUCGACUAGGGCCUAGGAAGAGUUUUCCCGCAAUGAUCUUCGUUUUCAUCAUCGACACGAGCGCGUCCAUGAAUGGUCUGUUUUCCAACAACUUGACGUACUUGGAAUGUGCGAAAUCUGGCGUAGAGCACUUCUUUAAGUGGGAGCAUAUGUCAUCGAAUAGAGCAAACAACAAGUACAUGCUGGUUACGUAUGCAGACCAAGCCUAUAAGACGCUUCUCGAUACGGACAACGAUCAAACUCUGCUGCAGGAAGUCAAGAUGCUGCAAGCAACAGAUCUGUCCACCGCCGGGACGACCUUUGCGAAAGUAUUCGAGUACCUCGAUGCAUAUAGGCGUAGGAACAAUUUUGAUAACAUUGGAAAAGGGAGAUAUCCGGCUGAUGCUGAAACGACAAACAUUUUCUGGUUCACGGAUGGAGGACAUUACUCUGAAAAACUGCGCGACAAAUGGGUCCUAUCAGACGAACUGCACAUCCCACGGCUCCAGACGCCGGGUCAGGAGUUCUACUUUGAACCGUUUCGAUGGGACCAACGGCUCUUCACAUUAUGGAUGACUCCGACCGUCGAUCCAUUAAACAAACUUCCACAAAUGAGCACUGUGAUGCGGGGGGAGUGGUGGCAGAUUCCGAACGUGCGAUAUCUAAUGCAUUGCAUCGACAACUGCAUGCAUUCUAAGCACCCGAACGUACAUCCCCUCGCCCCGGUGUGUACCGCGGAGGGGGUUCUGGUCAACAUGGUGGAAAGCCCCGUUACAGCAGGAAACAAACCAACAACUGUGGAGGCUCUCAUGAUUCACUCAACAAAAUCAUCAACUCGUCACUUCCCUAUACCGGAAGCCUACUGGCCGGAUGCAAUUGCACCAGACCCGAAUACGAACACAUUAUCGAUACCUCAACGUACGGCACAUCCAACAAUAUUCUACACGAGAAAGGAUGACAUAUAUCCCAUUCCUGAAGGAUUCCCAGUCGACCGUUAUAGCAUUGAUCAACGGAGUGAGAUUGUACAAGCCUUGAUGAAGCAGAAAGAAAAAAUCAGCUGGACUCUCUAUGUGCAAGGGAGUGGCCAAACCAGCGGUUUCGGGGAGCCUUUUGGAACGUUGAAGUACAGCGAGAGUAGUAAGACUGUCAGCAUGUAUCUGAUGCCAUACAACUUUCCAUGGCUCUUCUCCGCCAUUUUGGAUCUGCGGAGAAAAGGGUCGACCAAAUUGGCCAAUGCGGCAAACACAGCCCGCGACAUUGCGGAUUAUAUUCGUUCGGUACCAUUAUACUAUCGCGAGCCGCUACGGAAAGCGUUUACGCAAAUAGACUUGAUGCAUUUGUGGCCGCCAGACGUUUUGGUCCAGCCCAACACGCACAUUGCUGAUUACUAUUCGGAAACGGUAGCUAAAGCAACCCUGAUGGCUCAGGAGACUCAGAAAUCUCUCCAGCACCUGCGAAGUCUGGCUAUCACUGCACAACCGACACUGACGUCAAAGGGCAAAACUAUUGAAUCUUUACCGACGAACCCGUUCGAUGUGCCACGGGAUCAAUUGCUCUCCGCUUUGUCAGAUCUUCGAGGCGCCUUCAAAGCCAGCCUUGGACCUGGAGGAUCAACGACGUUUGGGCCCGGACACCGCUCCCAGGAGGAGGAGGACCGGUUACAUUCACUGCCGAUAUCGCAAAUGGGGAAUUACGCUCCUCGAAUGCAUAAACAGCAGCGGCAGCGAGAUCCCCUCGAAGACGAAGAAGUUGCCAAACGACGGGACAAGAAUGUUUUUGGCAACCCGUACCGACAGGACAAGAAGGUGUCCAUUGACGAAGAAGACGAAGCGUCCCAGAUGGAAGUGGAUGUCGAAGCUCCUGAUGACGAGGAUGCUGCGUCCCUUACCUCCCGUGGAAGUGGCGAAUCUGGAAACACGGGGGCUACCUCAACAAGAAAACGACGGCGGUUACGUGCAUUACUGGCAGGCUCCGCUUCUUCCACCACGUCCACGAGGUCUUUCAAAUUCAAUCGCGUCCCUCGGUUAUCGCCCUCACCUGCACCCAUUCUCGUCGUUCCGCCUGCUCCGGAAUGGGCGAAGAUCAGGGAAGGCAGUAUCCGCGAAGACAUGGAGAACAGACGACGGCUUGCGGAACAAGAAUAUCAAACGCGCCAGAAAGACGGUGCUAUGACGCUCGCCACGAAACUCAAUGCGGUGCAGGAACGCAGUAGCCCCGUUACAACAGCGCCUAAAGCCGCUCCCAGAAGAGACUUUCGGCGAAAUAGCACAGUAGAGCGCAUCGGCGAGUGGAUGACCGGGGUUACGAACGAUCUGACGCAUGGAUCGGAUUCCGACAUAUCUUCUGAUUUGGCAAACGGUAUGCAUCCGAGGGACAUAUCUCCACCGCCGAGUCAUCCGCGACUGGAUUUCAACAAGGAAAACAAUGUGCUUGGAUCGCCACACGAUGGGCAGAUAUCCGAAGACUCCCAUAUUAUGUCCGGAAUGGAACCUAUAUCACCGACUGACUCAACGAACGGGUCACCGGUGGACAGCAUGCAACUAAGACAUGAAGACCAAGUAACGCAGCCCUGGGGUCGAUGGGACUCCAAGGGGGAUGUCAGGCGUAUGGUGCAUAAAGCGUUCGCGGCGGUGCCCAAAGAUUACAAUCGGAUCAAACUCCUCCAAACACUGUCUCGAGUGGCGAGCAGCCCACAUCUGAAUCUCGUGGAUCGCAAAUUCGUGCUGAAUCAUGCGUUGUCUGCUGCCCGCGGGUUUCGCCGGUUUGAUGUCUUGGCGGAUAUUGAAGCUUUAGUACGCGAGGCAGGCGCUGCGAAUGGGGUUCACUCGGAUGCGCCAUAGGACGGCGGAAUAUGGACAGAGGAUAUAGCCUGAGAUCAGACGCAAGAGUUCGGUG